AUGCCACUCUACCGUCCAGAGAAUGUCGACACGCCUGUCCUCACCCAGUUCUCAUUGAAAGGAAAGGUCGCUGCAGUAACCGGAGGAGCUCGUGGUAUUGGGCUCGAAGUCGUUCGUGGUCUUGCAGAAGCCGGCGCAUCAGUCGCUCUUAUCUAUACCACUAGCAGUUCCGCUCCCGAGACUGCUGCCAAAAUUGCCAAAGAGACCGGCUCGCNNAGGUAUGUCUCCGCCUACAAGGCCGACGUCACCAACAAANAAGAUAUUACAGACACAAUCAAUCAGAUUGCUAAAGACUUUGGCAAACUGGAUGUAUGUGUCGCCAAUGCUGGCAUUGCAUCACAAGUCCCAGGACUCGAGUAUUCCGAGGACCAAUGGCGCGACAUCAUGAGCGUCAACCUCGACGGCGCAAUGUACACUGCCCAAGCUGCUGGCAAGAUCUUCGAAAAACAAGGAGGCAGUAAUUCAAUGAUCUUUACCGCCUCGGUCAGUGCGAUUUUGGUCAACAUCCCACAGAAGCAGGCUGCCUACAAUGCAUCCAAGGCCGCUCUGGUGCAUCUGGCAAAGUCAUUGGCUGUCGAGUGGACCGAGUUUGCCAGAGUAAACUGUAUCUCACCUGGUUUUGUCGAGACUGAUAUUCUCUCGAUCCAUCCUGAGGAGUGGAGGAAGAAGUGGUUCGACAUGAUCCCUGGUGCUCGUAUGGCGAAGGCCGCGGAGCUUAAAUCGGCAUACGUUUUCCUAGCAUCCGAUGCUUGCUGCUACAUGACUGGCGCGAAUAUGGUCAUUGACGGCGGCUACACUCUGCCCUAA